ACAACCGAGGAAGAUUCUCUCUCAUCAGCACCACCUCUCAGCAUCCAUUCCCAGCUAAACGGAUUCUCCGGAAUAUUUGUUUUUACCUUGUCGACGACACACACACAGCCCAAACAUCGAUGGAUACCUCCGGGAAAGAGAAGGAGGCGAUGCAGCUGAUGGCUGAAGCCGACAAGAAGGUCAAAUCCUCCGGCUCAUUCCUGGGGGGGAUGUUCGGGGGGAGUCACCACAAAGUAGAAGAUGCAUGUGAGAUGUACGCCAGAGCAGCCAACAUGUUCAAGAUGGCCAAGAACUGGACUGCUGCUGGUAAUGCGUUCUGCCAGGGGGCCCGGCUCCACAUGCAGCUGCAGAACAAACUGGACUCAGCCACCAGCUUCGUCGACGCAGGGAACGCUUACAAGAAGGCUGACCCUCAGGAGGCUAUCAACUGUCUAAAUGCAGCCAUCGAUAUUUACACUGACAUGGGUAGGUUUACUAUUGCAGCCAAACAUCACAUCACCAUCGCAGAGGUGUAUGAGUCUGAGCUGGUGGACAUAGAGAAGGUACGGAACACACACAAAACGCGUGCACACACACACACAGAACUCCAUAUGAACAAUACUUUAUGUGUGUGUCUCGUUGCCCAGGCGAUCGCCCACUAUGAGCAGGCAGCCGAUUAUUAUAAAGGGGAGGAGUCCAACAGUUCUGCUAACAAGUGUCUGCUGAAGGUGGGCCACUACAGUGCUCAGCUGGAGCAGUAUCCGAAAGCCAUUGAGAUCUACGAGCAGGUGGCCACCAAUACCAUGGACAACCCCCUGCUGAAGUAUAAUGCCAAAGAGUACUUCUUUAAAGCCUCCCUCUGUCACUUCAUAGUGGAUGAACUCAAUGCAAAGCUGGCCAUAGAGAAGUAUGAGGAGAUGUUUCCUGCUUUCGCAGACUCCAGAGAGUGCAAGCUGCUGAAGAAGUUGCUGGAUGCCCAUGAGGAGCAGAACUGUGAGGCGUUUACUGAAGCUGUUAAAGAGUUUGACUCCAUCUCUCGUCUGGACCAAUGGCUCACCACCAUGCUGCUCCGUAUCAAGAAGACCAUCCAGGGAGAUGCUGGAGAUCUCAAAUAAAGAGAGAUAGAGGGGUGGGUUGGGGGAGGAUACAAGGAGGGAGGGAUAGAGAAAAAGAUGGCUAUGUAGAGAGAUGAUGGAGAGAGAGGAGGGGAGAGAGGAUGGACAGAGACAGAAGGAGAGAUGAGGGAGGGAGAGAUAUAGGGUUAGGGCAGUGGUGUGAAUGGAGACAGGUCUCUAUGCAUUUGAUGUGUUCAGUGUAAAUAAGUCCAUGGCUCCUGUAGUCCAUCGUGUCUUACCAUACCUUUCCUCAAACUCCUGUCAAAAACGUUAGCUGUUUCAACUUAAAAUAGGAGUUACCCAGCUGAUGUAAAGUUACGUCAACUUAUCAAGUUGAGUUGACAAAACCAGGGAACAAAUGAUUAGAUACAUUAUAGUAUACAAGUUCAUACAACUUUAUAUUUUAGGUCAGUGGGGUACACUUACACUCAUGUUUUUAAGUUGAAACAGUAAGCCUUUUACAGUGCAUGGCACACUUAACCUUCCUAACCUUUCCACUGAAUGUCUUCCCUUGUUUGGGCCCUGUACGUUCAUGUUUUAAAGUGUAGGGCUGUACAGAUAGUGUGUGUAAAGGUGGAGUGUGUGUGUGUGGCACGCACACAAUGUAUCACAUUGAAGCCAAUAUAUCUGUGACAGUGCUGGUUGUGGUUGUUUUGUUGUUUUUGUUCUUGUUUUGUGUGUGUGUGUGUGUGUGUGUGUGUGUGAGUGAGUGAGUGAGAGAAACAACCAAAGGGACAUUCUGUUCUAUUCAUUCUAUUUCUAUGGUCCCCUUAGAUAUGUUUUCCACCCCUAGACACUUCCCCAAACCCGCUAGACACUUAUGAUCUGAAAAGAUUGGAUAGGUAUAAGCACACACAUAUCCAAUCCUCUCAGAUCUACACAUGUGUUAAGGGUCAAAGGUUAAGGGUUAAGGCCAGAGAUUAUGGGAAGUGUCUGUAAUGUAGUGUGUGUUGCUGUGGUGUGUGUAUUCCUCUCAGCAUGUUGCCAUGGUAAUGAUGUGUGUGUUCAGUGUUGUGUGCAGUCAAACUACAGGUUAUCACACAUAUCUCUAUGUUCAUGAAUUACCACACGUUUGUGCAAAAAUUUACUAAAAAUAAAACUUCAACAAACUUG